AUGGAGGAACCUCUGGACAUUUCGUACUACUUGGGCGCAGGUGCCCCGGAGUCCUUGAAAACGGUGGAAAUCGUGAUCGGCAGUGGGGAUAUUGUCACCAUCGACGAGCUUCCUGAGGACGCUCUGGAACUCGAGACGUUUUUGCAGGCUGAAAGCUGCGCGGUCAAAUACUGGAUUCUUGUGCUGCAAGCAUAUUCCCAGGCUGGGCAAGCCGCAGAUGGGGCUGCGAUUGCCGAAACGGGUCUUCUGAUGGACUACAUGUCUCUGGAAGAUAGAGUGCUUUUGCACUUCACCAUUGCAUGGACGCGCUUGGCGUUGGCAGCGGAAGGAGUUGAAAAAGCCAAAAACAUCGAGCUUGCCAACGAGCACUUGGCACAAACCGGCGACUCCACCACCACGAAUGCGCUCUUGGCGCAAGCACAAGUGCAUUUGCUUACUGACCGUGCGGAUAUUGCUCUCCAGCUCUUUGACAGGCUCUUGAAACAAGACCCCAAUAACUGCUAUGGUCUUCUCGGCAAGGCCCAGAUCACGUUGAGCAAGACCCAAAACUACACCAACGCGUUAAAGCUCUACCAGCAGGUUUUGGUUUCGAACCCUGCGAUGAAGCCCGACCCGCGGCUUGGAAUUGGCAUCUGCUACUGGUUCUUGAAGGAGCGCGAGUUGGCGCUUAGUGCGUGGGAGAGGGUGCUCGAACUUGACCCAAGCAAUUUCAAGGCAAAGCUACUCCUCAACUUGGCCUCAUUCGACGAGGUCUUCACAAACUCUUUAUCGGACGACUUGUUUCUUCAAGGAUACUCCAAGUCACUCAAACAGUUAUCCAGCUUGCAUCUAGAGAAACCGCUGGAUCCUGUCAUUCUCUUGUCACUUUGCUCCUACUACUUUUCAAAGGGGGAUUUCGAUUUGGUGGAAAAGAUCAUUGCCAAGGUCGUGUCUUCGCUCAAUGAGAACGUCAUUACGAGCCUGGCCGGCUCCAAAUUGUCUCCCUUUACCUCCAAGCUUCUCUCCAGCUGCUCGUUCUGGCUCGGGAGAGUGGCAUAUUCUAGGGGAGAUUUCACCCAGUCCCAGAAGAAUUUCCACGAGGCGAUCAGACUCAAUGAAAACAACCUCCUUGCGAAACUAGGAGUCGGCCAAUCUCAGCUCAGCAGAAACCUGACUGAAGAGGCAAUCAUAACAUUUGAGUCUAUCCUAAAGACAAACAGUAAAUGCUUGGAGGUCAUUUACUCUUUGGGGAUACUUUACUCUCAAAGCCCUUCAAGAACGAAACAAGAACAAGCCAUUCAAUUGUUGGAACGAUACAUCAGGUUGUCAAACAACAGAGGUUCCGCUGUGGCCAACAAGAAGGAUGCCGAGGCUUAUUUGAAUAAAGAGCCAAUUGCAUUAAAUGCAUUCUUGACUUUGAGUAAGCUCUAUGAAGGUAGCGAUGUUUCUCAAUCUUUAACGUAUUUGCACAAAGCAGUUGAAUCCAGACAGCAAAUUGGACUAGAUGCUCCCGCUGAGGUCUACAACAACAUGGGUGUUUUCAACUACACAAAGAACAACACUGAGGAUGCAGUUAAGUACCUCGAAACUGCUCUUGCUAAGUUGGAAGACAGCGAAAUUCCCGAAGAAUUGAGAGAGGACUUGAAAAUCCCAAUUUCUUUCAAUUUGGCCAGAACACAGGAAGUCAGUGAUGCGAGCAAGGCAGUGGAGCUCUACAAUAAGUUGCUUGAGGAGUGUCCAGCAUACUUCUCAGCAAAGCUUAGACUCUUAUUCUUAGAUGCUGUUUCAAGCAAUGCCUCGUCUAAACAGGAAAUCGAGAAAGAAAUCAAGGACUUGUUGCAUGAGAAUGCUUCUAACUUGGAAAUAAGAUCCUUUUAUGGCUGGUUCAUCAAGACUUUUGGCAAGAAAUUAGGGUUGAAACCUGAUGCCGACACAACUCAUCAAAAAGAGACCCUAGUUGAAUACGACUCGCACGAUUCAUAUGCAUUGAUAUCUUUGGCCAACAUAUACUGCGUAAUGGCGAAGGAUUUGAAAAACCCACGAGACGAGGAAAAGAAGAAGAAGUACUACAUCAGAGCCCUCGAGCUCUUCACCAAAGUGUUGUCUAUUGAUCCCAAAAACGUGUUUGCAGCACAGGGGUUUGCCAUUGUCUACAUCGAAAAUAAGGAGCUUGCUCAAGGCUUGGAUAUUUUGAGAAAAAUCAGAGAUUCGUUGAACGACAUGUCUGUGUAUCUCAACUUGGGCCACGUUUUGACAGAAAUGAAGCAAUACUCAAAAGCCAUUGAAAGCUAUGAAAUUGCUCUGACUCGAUACGCUAAUGGCCAAGACGCAAAGAUUUUGGGUUUCCUUGGCCGCGCAUGGUAUUUGAGAGGUUUGGCUGAGAAAAACCUUCUCUACUUAAAGAAAGCUCUUGAAUAUUCCAAGGAGGCUUUGAAACAUGCGACUGGCGUCGCAAGCCCGUAUAUCUUCAACGUGGCUUUCAUACAGUUUCAGAUCGCGGAGUUUAUAAGCAAGCAAUCGGUUGAAAAUCGAUUGACUGACGACAUUGUUGACGCAAUUGCUGACUUGAAUAAUGCAAUCGAGAGUUUGAACGCUUUGUCUUCCGAAGAUGAGAAGCAUGCACCAUACCCACAAUCCGAGUUGAAGGCCAGAGCUAAUUUGGGAUCCACUUUACUCAGCCGGUUGAACACUUGCUUGGAUGAAACGAAAGAGAAUGUCUCACAGCUCAACGCAAAGCUAGAGGAAGCCAAGAAGUUGAGAGAGGAGGAAGAGACCAAGCGAGCACAAGAACUUGAAGCUGCGUUGGCAGAAGAAAAAGCGCGAAAUGAGGCUUUGGCCUUGGAAAGAAUCAAGUUGCAAGAGCAGGCGCAACAGUGGGCAGAGGAAGCCCGUGCUACUAUCGCCGCCAAUGACUCUGAUGAUGACAAAAUGUUUGACGAGGAAAGCGAGAAAGGGAAGAAGUCUGCCAAGAAGGGAGGCAAGAAGAAGGGUAAAGGCAAGAAGAAGGAUUUCAUCAAUGACAGUGACGAGGACAACGUGUCGGAACCGGACGUGGAGUCCGAUGCCCCAUCUGACAAGGGCGAGGAGGCGCCCACAAAGAAGAAGACUCCCACGCAAAAGAAGGGGGUGAAGAGAAAGAGAAGGGCUAUCGUUGACGAAGACGAAGAAGAAAAUGAC